CGGCCAGCCUGGAACAAUCCUCUUCCAUCAUGUGUGCUUACCCCUAGGCUGGCUGACAUAUAAUGAUAAUUGGAAGGCUUCCAUACUGACUCGAUGAUUUAACAAUCGUUUUUCUGUCCCAGGUAUCAUCCACACCGCACAUAUCCCACCUGAGCUUGGCUUCCUUCACGGGCAUCCAUCAUGCAUCACCCCACUCUCUGCGCUGCAGCGCUUGCUCUUCUGGCUGCGCUCCCCGGGGCACAGGCCGGCCUCUACACCAAGAAAUCGCCAGUUCUGCAAGUGGAUGCGAAGGACUAUGACAGGCUGAUUGCCAAAAGCAACUACACUUCGAUCGUCGAAUUCUACGCCCCUUGGUGUGGCCAUUGCCAGAACCUCAAACCCGCGUACGAGAAGGCGGCCAAGAACCUCGAAGGCCUGGCCAAGGUAGCCGCGGUAAACUGUGACGAUGAUGCGAAUAAGCCCUUCUGUGGUUCAAUGGGCGUCCAGGGUUUCCCAACACUCAAAAUCGUCCGGCCGAAGAAGGGCGGAGGCAAGCCGAUAGUUCAGGACUACCAGGGCCAACGGACGGCGAGCGCCAUUGUCGACGCCGUCGUACAACAGAUCAAUAACUAUGUGGUCAAGAUUGAGGACAAGUCCUUGGACAAGUUCCUGAGCGACAAGAACGAGACGGCCAAGGCGAUCCUCUUUACCGAGAAGGGCACCACAUCGGCACUCCUCAAGAGUAUCGCAAUUGACUUUUCCGAUGUGAUUAUAAUUGGCCAGGUGCGAAACAAGGAGACCAAGACGGUUGAGACCUUCGGCAUCAGCAAGUUCCCUACUUUGCUUCUCCUCCCUGGGGGCGAUGCGCCGGGUAUUGUCUAUGACGGAGAGAUGAAGAAAGAAGCUAUGGUCAAGUUCCUCUCACAGGCAGGGGAACCAAAUCCUGAUUCACCCAAGGUUAAUACAAAGCCCGGGAAGAAAAACGGCGAGAAGUCGUCGUCGACCAAGCCACAGUCCAAGAAAACUUCUUCCACGGCGUCAUCCGAGACAGCCAAAUCCAAAACUGAAACUGCGACACAGGAAGCGCCCGUCAUUGUGGAGACGGCUUUGCCGAUUCCAGCCAUCAACACGCCAGAUAAGUUGAUCAAGGAGUGCCUGACCGAAAAGUCGCACACCUGCGUGCUGGCUUUUGUUCCAUCAAGUGAGGAUGAGAAGGCCAAGAAGGCCCUAGAGAGCCUUUCCCAGCUGGCGUUCAAGCACGCCCAAAGCAAGCGUCAUCUGUUCCCGUUCUACGAGGUUCCUAAGAGCAAUGAGGGAGGAGCGUCCCUCCUCAAAGCCCUCGAUCUGAGCGGCGACGUCGAGAUCGUAGCCAUCAAUGCACGGCGUGGAUGGUGGCGACACUACGACGGCGCUGAUUUUGGACACGAGAGCGUUGAGAGCUGGAUUGAUGCGAUCCGUAUGAGCGAAGGGGUCAAGAAGAAGCUUCCCGAGGGCAUUGUUGCCAUUUCCGUCGAGGACACUGCGUCAAAGGCGACGCCAGAGGCCUCGUCAGAGCCCACUCCCGAUGCUACCGAGUCUGCAAGUAGUGAGAAGGCGACACCGAUUACCCCUGAGGCUGAUAGUGCCGAGUCCUCGGCGGACUCCACCGAGGCCACGUCAACUAAGGGCACUGACCCCACCGGGGAGCCAGAGACUGCCGCGGAGCAUGACGAGCUCUGAUCGGCCGGCCGUGGCACCUCGUGUAUUUUACU